CACAAACACACAGAGACUAAGAACAUCUUUUUGAUUGUGUCGUGAUUUCUACAGAUACAGUGUAAUGGCAGAAGCUAAUAUUUCAGUGGCUCAGGAUCAGUUCUGCUGUCCAGUUUGUCUGGAUCUCCUGAAGGAUCCAGUGACCAUUCCCUGUGGACACAGUUACUGCAUGAGCUGUAUUACAGACUACUGGAAUCAGGAUGAUCCGACAGGAGUCUACAGAUGCCCUCAGUGCAGACAGACCUUCACUCCAAGACCUGUUUUAUGUAAAAAUGUGAUGUUUGCUGAAAUGGUGGAGAAACUGAAGAAGACGAGAAUCCAAGAGACUCCCUGUUACGCUGGUGCUGCAGAUGUGGAUUGUGAUGUCUGUACAGGAAGAAAACUCAAAGCCGUCAAGUCCUGUCUGGAGUGUCUCAACUCUUACUGUCAAAAUCAUCUUGAACAACAUGAAAAUCUCUUCAAGAGUAAGAAACACAACUUGAUUGAUGCCACUGGACGACUCCAGCAGAUGAUCUGCCCUCGACAUGAUAAAAUGCUGGAAAUUUACUGCCGUACUGACCAGAAGUGUAUUUGUAUUCUGUGUAUGGUGGAUGAACACAAGAACCACGACAGUGUAUCAGCUGCAGCAGCGAGAACUGAGAAACAGAGACAUCUGGAGGAAAUUCAGAGUAAACUGCUGCAGAGAAUCCAGCAGAAAGAGAAAGAUGUUCAGGAUCUGAGAGAGGCUGUAAAGUUUCACAAGCACUCUGCACAGACAGCAGUGGAGGACUGUGAGCUGAUCUUCACUGAGUUGAUCUCAUCCAUUGAGAGAAGGCGCUCUGAGGUGACACAGCUGAUCAGAGAUCAGGAAAAGGCUGCAGUGAGUCGAGCUAAAGAACUCUUGGAGCAACUGGAGCAGGAGAUUGAUGAUCUGAGGAGAACAGAUGCUGAGAUGCUGCAGCUUUUACACACAGAUGAUCACAUCUAUUUCCUGCAGAGUUUCCAGUCUCUCUCUGUCCAUCCUGGAUCUUCUGACAACAUCAAUGUCACUUCUCAUCUCUCUUAUGAUCAUGUAGUGAAAUCUGUCACUCAACUCAGAGACAAACUGGAGGAUUUCUGCGGAGAGGAGACCGAGAAGAUACAUGAUAGAGUGAAAUACAUUCAGAUCUUUCCCACUCCUGAAUACAAGACCAGGAAGGAGUUUCUACAAUAUUUCUAUCAGUUCACUCUGGAUCUGAACACAGUAAAUCCGUAUCUCCAUCUGUCUGAGAAGAACAGAGUAGUCACUGUUGCUGACACACCCCGGCACUAUCCUGAUCAUCCGGAUAGAUUUGAUGUGUGGUUUGAGGUGUUGUGUAAUGAGAGUGUUGAUGGACGUUGUUACUUGGAGGUGGACUGGAUUGGGAAAGAUGGUUUAGGAGUGGACAUAGCCAUGACAUAUAAGAGUAUCAGGAGGAAGGGAGAUGGUCCUGAGAGUGCAGCUGGACGUAAUGAUCAGUCCUGGAGUUUGUUUUGCUCUCCUUCCAGUUACUCAUUCUGGCAUAAUAACAUUGAGACCAUACUUCCUGUAGUCCACAGCUCCAGAAGAAUAGGAGUGUAUGUGGAUCACAGGAACGGAGGUUACACCAGUAACCAUGACGUUUUGUCCUUCUACAGCGUCUCUCAGAAAAUGAGCCUCAUUCAUAGAGUCCACACCACAUUCACUCAACCUCUGUAUCCUGUGUUUGGACUAGAUAGAAACACAACAGCGAAAUUUGUGUUCUCAAGCUGAAUUAAUGAUACAGAGAUUCUACAUAUAAUAUUGACAUAUUACAUA